CUUGUAGGUUGACAGUUUACGUAUUUGAUAUUCCGUAAAUGUUUGUAGUUUGUUUUAAAUUGCAAUAAUAGCACAAAUUUUUGUAAAAAUCACUUUAAUGAAUAUUCAUUCUACUUACUAUAAUUAAAAAUUUAAAAAUCUAAAUCAAAACAAUUAAUUUUGAUUAUCAGGUAACCUAGAAUUGUAUAUCUGAUUACUAACAUAUCAGGGUAUAGAAGACAAUGGAAAGUGACGAUCUUGGUGGCGAUUUGGUGAGAUUGGAUGGUGGUUGGGCCGUUGACGAGGAAACGUACGUCGUGAACACUGACGACGUUCUAGAACAAGAGGAGAACAAUUCAGAUUCAAAUAGCGGAGGAAAAAAUGUCCCCCUUAGAGAACAAGAUCGUUUCCUACCCAUUGCAAACAUCGCAAAAAUAAUGAAAAGGGCUAUCCCUGAAAAUGGAAAGAUUGCUAAAGAUGCGAGGGAAUGUGUACAGGAGUGUAUAUCUGAGUUCAUAUCAUUUAUAACAAGCGAGGCGAGUGAUCGUUGUCAGAUGGAAAAGAGGAAAACCAUUAAUGGUGAAGAUGUAUUGUUUGCUAUGAACGCACUGGGCUUCGACAAUUAUGUAGAGCCCUUAAAGUUGUACUUAAAAAAGUAUAGAGAAAUUGUUCUAUCACCUGUAACCAUCAAUAAGUUAAACAAAACAAUUGUUUUAUAUGGAAGUGAUGGCACACAAUGUGUGGCAAACGAUAAUGACUCGGAGACGCAAACCCAGACAGUCAUAUAUGGAUAUCCUAAAGUUAUCGGAGAUUUUACAAUAUCUUAAUCCUUAUUGUACCAGAUUUAAAAAAGAGUUAGUUUAUAAGUAGGUUAUUCGUGAACAUUUCAUAAGAUUUCAUGUCUUAUAAUUUUAACAGUGUAAAAAUUUUCUGAAGAUAAUGGAUUUAGCAUUUUACAAUGUUCAGUUAAACUGUUUAAAAUAUUUAGUAUGUGAUGACUUCAUUUGUGCGAAUUUCUGUGUCCACAUAUUGUUUGUCAUAAGCCCAUGGUAUCAUUUGUUAAGAUAAUCAGUGUGGUCUUUAAUUGCGAUGUAAGUGUAUCAGAGAUGAUUUUUUUUGACCAUCACAAUUUUUCUAAAAUUCCAUUCUUUAAAGCAGGAUUAUAUAAAAUAAUUUUAUUUAACACGAGUAAAAAUACACAUGUUUCGAUAAAUGUUGUGUUUUGCAGCUAAAUAACUGGACUGUGUUAAAAUAUAGCGUAAUAAGAAAACCAAGGAGAAGUUGAAUAGGUAUAAUAAAUAAGUUAUAAAGAUUUAAUAUAAGUAACACAAUCAAA